AUGACUGGUUGGACUAAACAUACACUUAAUAUUUGGAAUAAAAUACGGUCAUCAUACAGACUGCCCAAGAAUCUCUCACCAUUGACAAACAUUGGAUUAAUAAAAACCUUUCUCCCCAACGUAUUGGAUAAUGGCUUUAAAAAAUGGACAGAAUAUAACUUAACAUACCAAUAUCAACUGAUCAAAGAUGGCAAUAUUAAAACAUUUGAGAAACUAAAGGUUGAGUUUGAUCUCCCCAACAUAGACUUUUUAAAAUAUUUGCAACUGAGAUCAUUUCUAAUGUCUCAUAAAGACUGGGAAAAAAUAUUACAUUCCAACCCUAUAGAACAAUUUCUUGUUAAACAAGUGGUCAAUGAAGACAAAAAAAUUAUUGUACUUGUAACUCACUACAUUUUAAACAAAGAUGGGAAGCAGAGACCUCGAUGA